AUGAGCGAUCCGAUCACGAUUGCGUAUAUCGAUUGUUCUACCGGUAUCGCGGGCGACAUGCUCCUUGGUGCACUAAUUGAUGCAGGCGCUUCGCUUGAUGAGAUUAAACGCGGUCUUGAAUCUCUCCAUGGAAUUAAAGGCGAGUGGAAGCUGAGCAUUGAUCGAGUGUGGAAAGGACCUGGGAGUAUUGCAGGAAUCAAAGCAAAUGUAGACUCGAUAUAUAACCAUAAGGAGGCUGCCCCACCUACACCAGGCCAUGCGCGUCAACAUAAUCAUGAUCAUAGCCACGAUCACAGCCACGAUCACAGCCAUAAUCACAGUCAUAGCCAUGAUCAUAAUCACAGUCAUGAUCAUAGUCACAGUCAUGGCCACGAGGACAAUUUUACUUAUAAUGCUAGUGAGGCAAAGGAAGCGGAUGAUGUCUUGAUUGAUAACCAUGACCGUGACCACAAUCAUGACCAUGAACAUGACCACACUCAAACUGGAAAACAAGAAGAGCCCAUGCGAGACUUGAGUGAUAUUAAGGCUCUUAUUGCUGAGAGUGAGCUGUCAGAUUGGGUGAAGGGCAAGAGUGUUGCAGUUUUUACGUUGCUAGCGGAAGCAGAGGCACAUACUCACGGGACGUCACUAGAUGCGAUCCAUUUUCACGAAGUGGGGGCGAUUGACAGUAUUAUCGACACGAUUGGCUCUGUGCUUGCACUUGAUUUGCUUGGUGUACGAGAGGUACAUGCAUCAUUCCUGCCUUUCUCCUCGGGAACUGUCAAAUGCAUGCACGGAGUUUUGCCUGUUCCACCGCCAGCUACGUUCCGAUUGAUGAUUGGUGUACCUGUGUGCCCUGCACCGAUGGGAGCAAAGGGUGAGCUAGUGACGCCUACGGGGAUUAGCCUCGUCAAGGCGCUAGCGUCUACGUUUGGUGAGCCUCCCGCUUUCAUUCCAACGCACACUGGUGUUGGUGCUGGCACAAAGGACUUCCCGCAGCAUGCCAAUAUUGUCCGCGUUGCCAUUGGAACAAAGAUUGACCCCACGUCUUUCGAGAAGAGCUAUGUCAACUCUGCUGUCGCCACCUCAAGGUCUGCCGAGCACAUGUGUCAUCCUUAUAUCACAGAGAAACUCGUCGUGCUUGAAACCAACCUGGAUGAUUUGAACCCACAGGUAAUCGGCUAUGUCUCGGAAAGGUUGUUGUCUGUACAUCACGCGCUUGACGUAUGGAAGCAGUCCAUUCAGAUGAAGAAAAAUCGUCCGGCUGUGUGCCUCAGCAUUUUGUCCCGUCCUGAACACGAACAAGAAAUUUUGGAGACACUGUUUUGCGAAACUACGACACUCGGUGUCCGUCGCACUGUGCUAGAACGCGUCUACUUAUCUCGCAACUUUGUAUCUGUUUCCGCUUUUGGGAGAUCCGUGAACGUAAAAGUUGCAUACUUGGAUAAUAAGGCUGUGAAUGUGCACCCAGAGUUUGAACACUGCAAGGCAAUUGCGGUGGAACAGAAUAUACCUUUGCUACAAGUAAUUGACAAGGUGAAAGCCCUUGCUUAUCCCCGGAUUGGGUUGCAGCCACCACAAUGA